GUAGGACUCAUUUAAUGUUGCACAAUCAUCCCUGACUGUAAAGCAUUAUGAAGAAAGAGCAAGUUGCUAAUUGUCAGUUCUCGGUUUGGUAUCCUUUAUUUAAGAAACAUACCAUUAAAAGCUUGAUUCUUCCUCUGCCUCAGAAUGUAAUCGAUUACCUUUUGGAUGACGGAACAUUAGUGGUUUCUGGAAGCAGCGAAAACAACAACAAUCAACCUUCACAGAACAAUAACAGCGGCUCAGAAGACGAGGACGAUGUUCAGUGGUCCGACGACGAGACAACAACAGUCGUCACGGCUCCAGAAUUCCCAGAAUUUAGCUCCGAAGUGCAGGAAGCAAUAAAUUCUCUCGGUGGACGCGUCUUCCCUAAACUGAAUUGGAGUGCACCACGGGAUGCGAACUGGAUCGCCCUGAAUAGCUCUCUGCAGUGUCAGAGUCUCAGUGACAUCUUCCUUCUGUUUAAAAGCUCAGACUUCAUCACACACGAUCUCACACAGCCGUUCCUUCAGUGCAGCGACGACUCUCCAGACCCUGUUAUAAACUAUGAGCUCGUGCUGAGGAAAUGGAGCGAGCUCAUUCCUGGAGGGGAAUUUCGCUGCUUCGUGAAAGAGAACAAGCUGAUUGGAAUCUCUCAGAGAGACUACACACAACAUUACCAGCACAUCUCCAAACAGGAAGCGAGUAUCUCCUCCUCCAUCCAGCAGUUCUUCAGAGAGCACAUUCAGCACCAGUUCCCCAACGACGACUUUGUCUUGGAUGUGUACAGAGACAGCACGGGACGUGUGUGGCUGAUCGACUUUAAUCCGUUCGGCGAGGUUACAGACUCGCUGCUCUUCACGUGGGAGGAGUUAACAUCUGGAACCAAUAUUUCGUUACAGGAUGGUCCUGCUUUCCGUUACACCACCAGCGAAGUGACCGUCCAGCCAAGUCCGUGUUUGUCUUAUCGAAUCCCGCGAGACUUCCUGGACCUGUCCACUGGAGAGGACGCUUAUAAGCUAAUCGAUUUCCUCAAACUGAAAAAAGGUCAGCAGGAGGACGAGGAGGACGGCGAUGAUGAUGAUGAUGAUGAUGAGCAUGAUGAGCCUCACAUGGCCAGUGUGUGACACUGACUAGAUCUGAUAAGCCAAGAACUCCUGUUUCCUAACAGUCACUUCCUCCUGUGUGUACUCAUUAGGGACGAAUCUUUAAUUUACCACAACAUAAUGUCUGUAAUGUACAUAGUGUAAACUUCCACAGGCUGCAUCAGGAGAUAAAAUACUACAACGCUCUGGUCUUAUCCACACACCUACAAGCAAAUACGCAGCCUAAAACACACACCUGAGUCUGUUUAGGAACAUCAGAUCAAUGCUUUGCCUUAGUGCAUAAUGGUGUAAGAAUAAAUUAAGAAAUAAUGAUGUAAUGAUAUUUAAUGUGUGCUUUUCAAAUGUACACUUGUAAAUGUAACAAUAAAGCAAUUUGAUUUUGUUCUGAAUAAAAGUACGUUUACAUAAUUA